AUAGUGGAAAGGAGCACCAUAAAACAUCACAAAAUCCAUAUCACGAACGGAACAAGAACUUUGGUGGACCAGCGAGACAGGAGCUAUCGACGAUGCUUGAAUGAGACUGUAGAAUGAAUUUGACUGACUCGGCGAGGCAUUGGCGGGAGCUCAGAUCCUAGCAGCCUCACCUGUCAAUGGCAACGAUGAUGAUUCAGCGAUGUCGGGAC